AUAUUCAUUCAUUGAAGCUAAAAAAGAAAAACACAAAAACAAAAUAAUAGCUUCUUCCCCAUCGCUUUUCAUUCUGUUGUUUCUCCUUCAACCCUAAUUUCAAAACCCCAAAAUUUCUUUCUCUUUCUCAGAGAAAUCCUGGGAAAAUCUUGUCUAAUUUAUGGAUCAGUACUAUCAUCAUCAGCCUCAUAAUCAAUGGGGGCAACCACCACCACCACCACUCCCACCCCCGCAGCAACCCAGCAUAUGCCCAGUUUGCUCAAUUCCUCACCUGCCAUUUUGCCCUUCCUACCCUCCUUACAAUCACCAAAACCCUAAUUACCCUCCUCAACCUCCCCAUUAUGCCCGACCUGGAUUUGACCCCUACCAACCUCCCCUACCACCUACGCCUCCUCCUCCUCCUCCUCCUCCUCCCGCGGUUCCAACUCAUACUCCCCCUUACAUCGACGGGUUCUCCGAUCCUAGAUCCUGGCAUCGAAACCCUAAUUACGGCUACGAUUAUGGUACGGCUGGUGGUGGUGGUGAAGUUGAUCGGAGCUACAAGAGGCCGAGAGUUGACGAGUUUGGUUCGGGUCCGGGUUCAGGUUGGACUUUGUCAGAGGAUGAGAGAAGAUUGAAGUUGAUUCGUGAUCAUGGUGGUGCAUCAUUGAGUGGAUGUAACCAAGAAAAUAUAUAUUUCCAAAAUAAUAUUAAUAACAAUAACAAGGCCACCCCUAUGCCGCCAAGGCGUACAGAGAUGUAUAACAUAGAAGAUUCACUAAACAAUUAUAAUGAUUAUAGUAAUAAUUAUGAUUAUAAUCAGCAGCAGAUUCAACAUAAAGAUGUAGUGCCUGCGGCGGUGAAUAAUUGGCAAGGUUAUGAACAGAGAAUUGGCGGUUAUUUGUCUCAACCUGGUGGCAGUAACAUGGCUCAGCCGCCUCCUCCUCCUCUUCCAGCUUCUCCGCCGCCACCUCUGCCUGUAGAGCCUCCAAUGCAGAAUCGCUCUUCUUUGGAGUUUAAGGCUUUUUCUUCAUCACCCAAUUCAUCAUUUUCUUUAUUUCCUAUACCUGUUAGUUCUUCAGUCACAGCGCAUUCCACUUAUCCAGUGGUUCCUGAGCCUUAUUAUCAGAGCAAGCCACGGCAUGCUUCUGGUGGAUUUGUUGGGGAGGAUCCUCAAGUUAUCCAUAGGACUGGGCAAUACGUGGGCAUUCCUCCAAAGCAAUUGUGUUCUGAUAAGCCUAAAAUUGUUAAUGCUUCUGAGUUGUUUAAGAUGCCUCAUAGAGCUUCUCGGCCUGAUCAUAUUGUGAUAAUUCUUCGAGGGCUUCCAGGUAGUGGAAAGAGCUACUUAGCAAAGAUGUUGCGAGAUCUUGAGGUUCAAAAUGGUGGUGAUGCCCCUCGAAUCCACUCGAUGGAUGAUUAUUUUAUGACUGAAGUUGAAAAGGAUGAGGAUACUGAUUCAAAAUCAUCAAGUUCAGCUCGAAGCAAGAAAACAAUGAAGAAAACGGUGAUGGAGUACUGUUAUGAACCUGAAAUGGAGGAGGCCUAUAGAGAAAGCAUGUUGAAAGCAUUCAAGAGGACCCUUGAAGAUGGGAUCUUCAGUUUUGUAAUUGUGGAUGACCGCAAUCUGCGGGUAGCUGAUUUUGCUCAGUUUUGGGCAAUUGGAAAGAGAUCAGGUUAUGAAGUUUACGUAUUGGAAGCUACAUAUAAGGAUCCAGUGGGCUGUGCAGCUAGGAAUGUUCAUGGUUUUACCCUAGAUGAUAUCCAACAGAUGGCAGGACAAUGGGAAGAAGCUCCAUCAUUAUACUUGCACCUGGACAUCAAGUCAUUGUUCCAUGGAGAUGACCUGAAGGAAAGUGGUAUUCAGGAGGUUGACAUGGACAUGGAAGAUGGAGAUCGUGAAGAAGGAUUAUCAGGACAGCAAGAACAAAAGCCUGAGAAAACGAAAUCACUUGCUGUUGGAGAUCAUGUACUUGGAGAUUUAGAUUCUUCAAAGGAUGACAAGAGGAGGGAUGCUGAGGGGGACCGUCCUGUGGAGGUGAAAGAAUUAAGUAGGAGUAAAUGGUCAAAUGAUUUGGACGAAGAUGAAAUUGAAGGACCAGAAGCUAUUAAUGGAAACUUGAAUGCUCUCUCCGGGUUGAUCCAAGCAUACAGGAAGAAGGGAAAAUCUGUGCAUUGGAGUGACCAGGGCAGUGACUCUGGAUUCUCAAUAGUUGCAGCAAAGAAGGCCAAAAUGUUGUCUCUAGUGAUUGGACCAGGAGUUGGUUACAAUUUGAAGUCUAACCCAUUACCUAUAGAGGAGAACCAUACAUCCAACAGCAGUGGCACUUUGAAGAAGCAGAGUUCAUUCCAAGAGCGGCUUCGUGCAGAGCAGGACUCCUUUAAAGCUGUUUUUGAUAGGAGGAAGAGAAUCGGCAGGCUUGAUCUUGACGAGGAUUAGUAUAAUUAGAAAUCCGGGGGAAGUUUUGCCUAUGUAGAGAUGUUUGGCACGACCGCUUUCUCUGGUAGUGCUCCCCACCCCACCCCCCCAAUCCCCCACCUUUUUUGGGUAUUUAAUGGGGGGACUUGCGGGAUGUUUGUAGAUUAGUGUGGGUAAAGAGAGGUGGUUCGGUCAAACUGUAUCUGUACUACAGAAUGAGAAUUCAAUCUCUAUGGUAGGAAAAGGAAGUUUUUCUACCACCAUGAUCAAAUUCAUAGUUGUAAUCGUUUUCUGGGCAUCUCAAUGCCUGUGUGAUGUAUUCCAUGACGUGCCCAGAAGUUAUCCAUAUUACUAAAAUUCAUUAAAUGAAAUUUUCUGAUCUGGUCUGCUACCCAGGCAUUAGAUUAAUACUUAUAGCUGACGUAUUCAGAUG